GUGCAUGUUCACCUGUUAGCGUUCCCUCAUAACUCUUUUCUGUCCACUUUUGUCACCUUUGUGACAGUAUACUAUGAUGAGUCUCUCUACAUAUUCACUCAGGUCCACAGGCUUUCCCACAAUGCUUACAUAUGUACGUAAAGUCUCUGGGUUUACUUUGUUGUUGUUGUUGUUGUUUAGUUUAUCUCCUUGGUUCAACUCUAUAUCUGAUCCACAGGUCCACAGGUUUCCCACAAUGCUUAAAUAAAUAAUGUAAAGUAUGUGUUCUUUGGCAGAUUCCAAUGCACAGACUAAGCUUGACCUGACAGAAGCACUGCACAAGAGUUUGUCAGCAACCUUGAAUACCACUGAUUUAACUGCAGGGGUAGAGGAACUGCUUGUCAAGCACAAACAUUUGUUGACCCUCCAAAUGUCUUUUGAUGCCACCUCUGGUUGUAGGGUCUGUCCUGAUGGGUGGGCUCACAACAGUGGGAAGUGCUACCUCUUCUCCUCCACUGGAAAGACCUGGAGUCAGAGUCGAGAUCACUGCAUCACAUUAGGGGGGCAUCUGGCCAUUGUGAACAGUCAUGAAGAACAGAACUUUCUGUCCCAAAGUGCCAUUGAGGAUUUCUACUGGAUGGGACUGAGUGACCUGGUGACAGAGGGACAGUGGAUUUGGGUGGACAGCACACCUCUCAGUGAGACUGGAGCAGUAUUCUGGCUGAAAAGGUCUGAUGGACAGGAUGAACCAGAUAACUGGAAGGGGGCAGACCCUUCUGGUGAGAACUGUGCACUUGUCUCCAAAGUUGUAGACUGGCGUGACAACUCCUGCAAGAAUCUGUGGAAAUUUGUGUGUGAGACGAUAGCCAACGAAUGAAUUGAAUAUGCCACUGCUAUUUAUUCACAACAAUUAUUUUCAUUAAAUGUACACAGUUAUUGCUACACUAUGGUUGUAAGGAACCACUUGUUCCAGAACAACGAUGGAACUGGGAGUGGGUGAAGGUUUCUGCGUGUUCGUCUUUCUGCGCUCUGCUGAAAUGCAAUAGUUUAUUAAAGGACCUUAUCUUGGUAAACGUAAUUAAUCUGACUCCACUCCAUUUAGGAACUCAGUCUUA